CCCCGGCUGGAGCUGUCCCCGAAAUGUCCCCGUUUUUAACUGUGCGUUAAAACUUUGCGUUAAAAACAGACUGCAAAGUGAAAUAUUUUACUUGGCAAGAAAGACCAGGCAGCUGAGCCUACCGGUUGACGUCUCAAUCGCGUUGUGCUUGUUUUGUCCCACAGAGGGGGCUGCUCGCCAUAGCAGCUUCACUCACUCUUCUUCUUCUACUUACUACUUGCUCGCGCUAGUUUUAGAGAAAACUGCUGUGGAAAACUCGGCCAGAAGCUAGCAAGUAUCAAGUGAAUCCACAACAUCACCACAAACGUCUUUUCAAGUCAGAAAUGUUCAUGGAUAACAUUAGCAGUGGAGAGGAGGAAGACUGGAUAGGAAGAAGACUGAAGAAGACAGGAGGAAAGGUGAAGAUAUGGUUACAGAGCCUGCCAAUUUAUUAUUCCAAACAAUGUUUUUGAGAUAAAAUACAAACAUGAGGCAAGCAAUGGGAAUCUGUUAAAAUACUUUGGUUGUCUAAUAGUAUGCUAUUUAUUAAUACAGAUUGGAGAGGAAGGAGAAGGAAAAAUUAAGGGAGUAAAAAGAGUGAAGCAAAGAGAGUGUAGAAGAGUGAGCUGGAAAGGUGAAGAGAAGGAAAGGAAGACGAGUGAAGAAAAGAGGAGUAAGAUUGGAGGAGAAGAAAAAGUUGAGAGUAAGAAGAGUGACACAAGGAGAGUGAAGAAGAGCAGACAGAGGAGAUACAAUGACUCUUUCCAAGAAAAGGAAAUGCAUUUUUUAUGAAAAACGAGAGAAUUUACCAUUUAUACGCUCCGGUCAAGACGAUAGAAUUCCUCUCUUUCAAUUGGCAGCCAGAGAAGAACGGCAGUGGUAGAACAUCAGCAGACGAAAAAGCAUAAAGCCUCUCUGAUUGCCCGUGUUGGUAUGUCCUCUGUCACCACAUUCUUCAAGAAGGUAGAGCCUUCCCAAGAAGAAUAUGGUUUAGCUGUGCAGUAGGGUGUCUUUGCAUACCACAAUAUGUGACACAAUCAUAGUUACAGAUCUAUGGACUGCACAGCACAAAUGACACAGAAGCUUUAUGAGCCAAAGUUGACAUGUGCUAGGACAAAAUGUGACGUGAGUAACGUGUUAGCAACAUGGGCAAGUACUUUGGUAACACAGGACCUAGACCAGGUUGAAUUUGUGUCCCUGUCCAUUGAUGCGUCCAAUCAUGGACAUGUAAAGCUGCUGCCAAUAGUAGUCAGAUAUGUAAGAUAUAUGAUGGCAGAACAUCUGUGGAAGCAAAACUGCUUGAUUUUGUUGAAUUGAAUGGAGAAACGGCAGAGAAAAUUGCAGCUGAGGUCCCGGUGGUCAUCCAAAAAUGUAACCUGGAAAACAUUCUCUGCCGACAACAAAUACCAAUUUUGGAGGACUGAAUAGGCUGGGGAGGGUCAAUGUCCAUAACAAAGUUUAAAAUUCUUUGCAGCGGGAGGUGAUUGUUUUAGGUUGUCCUUCCCACAUCAUUCAUAACACGGCCAGAACAGCUUUGGAUAUGAUGUUGAGUACUUGCUCACAAAGAUAUUUGGAUAUGUUUCCUAUUUUCACCGUCAGAGUAGAAAGACUGAAGGGCUUUUGUGAGUUUGUUGGCCAGGAGUACCAUAACAUUUUAGGACACGGCAAUGUUUGCUGGAUGUCCAUGCUCACUGCUCUAGAAAGUGUGCUGAAAAUGUAUGUGCCAUUGAAAUCCUUUUUUAUUUCUGAAGACAAAUGCUCUGUUGUCCAGCGAACAAUGUUCAAAGAUCCACUGACUGAACUUUGGCUGGCCUUUGUCCAUGGAAACUUGACCGUAUUCAGUGACACGAUCAAGAUGCUUGGAGGCCAGGACCGCUGUGCUGUGGAGUCCGCUGCAAUUCUGAGAAAUGUUGAGGCAAAAUUGACUGCAAGACGUAAUGACAACUUCAUUCCAGUUUUGGUCAGAGGACUUCUGAGAGAACUAGAGGAAAAUGGAGCCAUGUCUAAAGAGAGCUUUCUCAAAACAACCCAAUCAUUCUUCACUAUGGCUGUAAACUACUUGCAAGCAUGGGGAAAGCACAGCGAUGAUCUAAAAGAUUUACAUGGUCUCCUUUUAAAAAGGCAACCUCUGCGUGAAGAGAUCCAGAAGGCAGCAGUCACACUGCAGGAAAAAUGCCCCAAUGUGACCAUCAAUGAGGAUGCAUUGUGUGACGAGGUUACUGGCCUGCAAGAGUUCCUAAAUGGGGGAUCGCUUGAAGAAUGGAAAACAGAGACACCGCUAAGUCACAGAUGGAGCACGGUGGUUACCCACUUCAAAGAGAAUGACAUCCCACACACUAACCUGGCUAGAUUAGCCUCUGUCAUGUGCUUACCUGGAAGUAAUGCACCAGUCGAGAGAGUGUUCUCCCAAAUGAAUGAUCUAUGGACAGCAGCAAGAAAUAGGUUCACUGUUCCUACCAUCAAAGCCAUGCUUAUUGUGAAGACAAACUUCAACCAAGUUCAUGGAGAAGCUGGCCAAAGACAGAGCAAUCCUGAAGAAUAUACAUUCUUCUGAGAAAUAUAC